ACAUAUAAACUAAUGAAAAUUUGUCAUUUAAAAUCAAAACAUAAUUUUAUUAUCCUCCUUCUCUAAUUUUUUUCAUUUUCUGAUUCUAUAACUAAUUUAUUUAAUACACAAACUGCUAUAAGUGUACCUAAUUUAUUCAUUAUACUAUGACGGCAAACAUUUAUGAAAAAUGUUCAAAUAAAGAUGGAGCACGACCCUACAAAUGUCGAGACUAUGCAACAAAAAUUGCAUUAAAUUUGCAACAUUUCAAAAGAGACGGUAGAUUUUGUGAUAUUGACCUUAUAUCAGGAAAAACAAUAAUUAAGGCUCAUCGGGUGGUCUUAGCUGCAAGCUGUGCCUACUUUGAUGCUAUGUUUAGUGUGGGCUUAGAAGAAACUCAGAAAAACCAUGUGGCUCUUCCUAGUGUUCCACCAGAUAUACUACCUAUGAUAAUUGACUUCAUUUACACUGGUGAAGUUGUCAUUGACAAAGCAACAGUGCAGCAUUUAUUAAUUGCAGCUGAUAUGCUACAGCUUCGUGAACUUGUCACUGGUUGUGGAGAAUAUUUAAGAAGAGAAUUACAUCCAUCAAAUGCUCUGGGUAUUUUCAGGUUUGCUGAAGCCCACAAUUGCAGAGAACUAGCUGAGGAAGCAUUAGGCCAUGCUCAGGCUAAUUGGAAUAUAGUUGCCAAUGGAGAUGAACUUCUGGAACUGCCUUUACCACAACUAAUCACAUUAUUAUCAUCAGAACAGCUAAAAGUAGAUAGUGAAGCACAGGUUUUAUAUCCAGCAUUACGAUGGCUAGAGCACGAUCCAUCAUGUCGCAGACGUCACUGUUUUGAAGUUUUGAGUCAUAUUCGUCUGCCUUUAAUAUCGCCCCAGAUUUUAGAUGAAGCCAUUAAGAACGUACAAGAUCCAUCAAUUGCAGUCGCUUUGAAAACAGUUAGAGUAGAUAUGAAAACGGGUCGUGGAGCAUUGGUGUCGCUGGCUGCGGAGCCUCGCGCGCGCGCUCGUCGUCUGCUGAUACUGGCGGGCGGCUCUUGCCACGAUCACGCUAAGCACCCACCACUCUCUUCAGACAACAUUCUCUCCUCAGUCCUAAAGUUUGACUUGUACAAAAGAGAAUGGGAGGAUCUCGCACCAAUGGGUAUAGCUCGAAUUCAGCCUGGAGUAGCCACGCUAGGUGGUCGUGUUUACGCAGUCGGGGGAGAACAAGGUAGCCAAAUACUUGCGAAUGGGGAAGUAUAUGAUCCACAGACUGAUAAAUGGUCAAACAUAUCACCAAUGAAAGAAGCACGUUGCGAAUUUGGGCUUACUGGAUGGAAUGGUAAUUUGUAUGCAUUUGGCGGUUGGGUUGGAUCAGAUAUGGGAGCCUCGGUAGAAGUUUACGAUCCCGUGACUGAUGAGUGGACGUUAACGGGGCGUAUGCCCGAGCCAAGGUUCGGCAUGGGCGUUGUCAAUUUCGAAGGUCUGAUAUAUGUAGUGGGUGGAUGCACACAUACUUGGAGGCAUACGCGUGAUUUACUGUGUUAUCAUCCCGGUUCACGUAAAUGGCACACACUCACUUCCAUGCGGCAUCCCAGAAGUCAAGCGGCUGCAGUUGUUCUCGGAAACUAUCUCUACGUUAUAGGCGGGAAUGCUCCGAGACGAACUGUCCUAACAUCCGUAGAAAGAUACAGUUUCGAUGACGAUUCCUGGGAGGAAGUUACAAGUUUAAAGGAAGCAAGAGCAGGUUGCGCAGCGGGUGCCGCCGAAGGAAUGCUUGUAGUGGCAGGCGGAGACAGCGAGAGCGGUGGAGAGAGAGCCUUCUAUCGCGCUCGCACCACGCUCGCCUCAGUCGAGAUAUACGACCCGCGGGAAGACACGUGGCAGGCCGGGCCACCGUUGCCACAUUCUCGCGCCGAGGCAGGCGCUGCGUUACUCUGACAAAUGAUCGAAAUACUCUCGCCGAUUGUACGGUUACAACAUGAACGCAUACGAUAACAAUCGAUUGUUACAAACGUACAAAUAAUAUAAGCAACAUACAUGAGGAAAAUUAAUUACCUACUGAGAUUUCAGCUAUUGGUAGUUUAAAUUCAAUUUUUAAAAAAAUGUAGAAAAAAGUAGAAUAUAUAAUAAUUAUUGAAUCAUUACCAUAAAUGUUUAUUUUCUGUAGUCAGUCUAGUUCUCAUCCAACCGUAUUGUGAAAUAUAAUAAGACAAGGAAUGAUCAAUAGAAAGUUCGCAUUACAUAUCCACACAUAAAUGUAUGCGAUUGUACGUAUAGCUCUUGAUAUGGCACAUGAAAUAAAUUUGUUACAAAAACGACAUCAUAGAUGUAUAUAGAAAGCAGAAGCGCGACUGAUGUAGUGACUGCCUUACAAUGCAAAUCUGUCGCAAAAGAAUUUGAAUCAUUGUAUCGUUUUGAGAUACAUCAGUCGUUAUAAUACAUACAUAGAUAUUUAAAAUUGACUGAAAUGCGUCGAAUGUACCUAUUGUUAUAGCGUGAAAAGAAUGAACUAGAAUCAACUAGAAUGUUUUAAAAACUGAUUAGUCAUGCGCAUAUUGCUAUAGCAUAAGAUUAAAUAUUCAGGUAGAUCUGACAAUCCCAUGGUUAAUAACUUUAAGUUACGUUUUGUAAGUCAGUGCUCGCAAGCAACGGACGUCGCAGUGGUAUCGUACGUGUCUUUCGCCGACACGUGUGUCGCGUCUUAUCGUCAUUAUUUGUUAAAUGCGAGAGCCUCAGAGUAAGCGGGGUCUGAAUGUAUGAAAGGUACAUUUCGGCGACAUUGCCGCAUUUACAAAGAAAAUCAUACAAGUGUCACCCAGCUUAAUUGCUGUUAUAGCCGUACCCUCUCUUAUAUGGAACAUAAGGCUAUCUUUACAGCCGCAAAUUUUAAAGAAAGGCAGCCUAAAAGAUUUCACCAUAGCCAUGGCCUGAAUCGCCCCACUACAUUGUUUAUUUGGUGAUUUAAUUAAAAACAGGAAUUGAGUGAGAGCAAGAGAAUUAAAUUUGCUAUGCAGGUAAAAUUUUAGACUAGUUUUUGGUUUACACUGUGUCAAACAAAAACUGGGAUGAUAAAAUAUGUGAAACAAUGUGAUAAUAAAUCUUAACACAAAAAAUAACUUGUAAAUCUGGUAACAUUCUGAUCUGAAAUUUUUGAAAUCAUGUUUUUUAUAUUUUAUUCAAUUUACUUUGUGUUAAUAUAUGCUACCUAUUAGUUCUUCCUAUAAGUAUACUUGAAGUUCAUAAUGACCAAUCAAUAUCAAUGGUUUAACUUUUUAUAUUCCAUGAUGUAUAUUAUAAAUAUUUAUACAAAUUUCCAAUAUAUGACCUAAUUUAUAU